CAAACAAACCUCAACUGGGGAGUAACCGUAGAAGAAGAAGUAGUCCGGUAGUCAAUCGAAGCGGGCCUUUUGAAAUCUCAAACAAACGUCAUUUUUUCCUAAUAUUCACCUUUUCGCACCUCUUUUGUCAUGUUAAACAAAGCGCCAAGACUCAAGCAAAAAGUCAAAGCAAAGACAAAGGGUAACAUUAACGUGAGGCCGGCGUCCGAAGCAAUGAUGGAGCUCGUCACUCUUCUUUUCAUCAACAAUUUGGCCGAGCAGGCGAGGGCCAAAGCGUUCGAGGAGAAAUCCGCGACGAUCAGGGCUCACCACGUCAAAGCAGUUGCCAAGAGGGUGCUGAAGACUGCCAGAGGAUGAAGACCAUUCAUAUAUUUAUGAAUAUUAUUUCAGCCACCAUGAGCUGUUUUCUCUGUUUUUGCCAUUUUUUUUCAAGCAUAAUCUUUUUGUACGCUUUUUUCCCUUGUAAAUAUAUAUUCUAAC